UCUAACACACACACACAUUCGCAUGUUGCUGUUGUACAUGAACUACUUGGAAAUUCCACCAAAGGCACAUCGGCCUUCUUCCAGCUGUCUGCCGAAUUCAGUAUCCAGUAAAAGGAUAUAUUAUUGAAGAGAGUUCUACUGACAACAUCAAUCAAACUGUGGUAGAAAUUGUGUGCUGGAUAAGUUUUAAGCAAGCAGGAAAUGCCGGCAUUGCAUCAUUGUAAAGAUAUUGAUUUGGUACUUUCUACUACGAAGCCUUUUCACGCAGAGGCCGGCCGCCUGUGUGCACACACACACACACGACGACGGAUCAGCCCGAAUUUACACCAAGAAGAACCUUGUGGAGUUUGUUGAACCUUUCUUGUACUCCCAAUUCAUGGAUCUUAGUUAUAUUUUAGAAGUAUUUGUGUCCUAAAAGAAUCCUGCACAUCAUUACCAUUAUUUUCAUCACAGUGACUGACCACUAGAACACUGCUGUCCUUUUGAAGGAAAGUUCAGUAAAGUUUUCAGCGCGUUGAUGGUGUUUCUACACUGCGUGGUUGGAUUCCAACGCGAACAACAACAGCUUUUCUGCAGGCCCAUCGCCGCGAUUUCGGGGUGGUAGACUCUAGGAAAAAAAGAGGUGUUCCAGCGUUAAACUGGAGCCACUAAAGCAACAAGUGUUUCACUUUAUAAGACAGAAUCUCGAGAUACUCGGCUUGUUGCCGAAUCGGACUAAGCAGCCCUCGCAAUGUACCGUUUUAAGACGCUGUUGACGUUUGGUCAACUCCAGGCUGGACAUCGGGGGCCCACAUCUCGCUACCUCAGGACGUUACGGUCACCCGGUGCAGCAGUUACCGGGUGCCCGCCAAAUGGACAUCAAGCCCGGCGAGGCUAUGCAGCUCCAGUUGCUGCAGAGCCAUUUCUGAGCGGCAGUAGCUCGAACUAUGUGGAAGAAAUGUACCAAUCAUGGCUUGAAGAUCCCAAAUCUGUGCAUAAGUCAUGGGACAUUUUCUUCCGCAACGCUCAAAAUGGUGCUGCCCCAGGUACAGCUUACACCCCACCCCCUCCUGUAUCUACCAUGUAUCCCGCAUCAACACAAGCCGUUGCUACGACGAUGACUCCACCAGCGGGGAGGUCUUUGGGGGCACCCUUGGAUAGGAGAGUUAUUGAAGAUCACUUGUCUGUCCAGACUAUCAUCCGUUCCUAUCAGAUUCGGGGCCAUAAUAUUUCUAAGUUGGAUCCGUUGGGGAUCAACAAUCCAGAUCUGAACAGUGAGAUACCACCAGAGCUUGAGGCCAAGAAUUAUAAGAUGGAUGAACAUGAUAUGGAUAGGGUGUUUACACUGCCUCAGACCACGUUCAUUGGUGGGGAACAAUCAGCUCUUCCCUUGAGGGAGAUCAUCAGACGCUUGGAGGAUACGUACUGCCGCAGCAUUGGAGUUGAAUACAUGUUCAUUAAUGACCGUGAUCAGUGUGACUGGAUACGUCAGCGUUUUGAGACUCCUGGCAUUAUGCAGUUCACUAAGAUGGAUAAACGACUCAUACUUGAACGUCUCAUACGCUCCCAUAGGUUUGAAGAGUUUUUAGCCAGGAAGUGGUCAGCAGAGAAGCGUUUUGGACUAGAGGGUUGUGAAGUACUUGUCCCUGCCCUUAAGAGCAUUAUUGAUGUGUGCAGUGGUAAAGGGGUCGAGAGCUUCGUCAUCGGCAUGCCCCAUCGCGGUCGUUUGAAUGUCCUCGCUAACGUAGCCCGCAAGCCACUGGAACAUCUCUUCUCUCAGUUUGACUCCAAGCUAGAAGCAGCCGAUGAGGGUUCUGGUGAUGUCAAGUAUCAUCUUGGUAUGGCACACUCUCGCCUCAACCACAUCACAAAGAAGAACAUCAACAUUGCCAUUGUGGCCAACCCAUCCCAUCUUGAAGCUGUAGAUCCUGUUGUCCAGGGGAAGGUUCGAGCUGAACAGUUCUACCGUGGGGACACUGAAGGGAAGAGGGUGAUGAGUAUUUUAAUGCAUGGUGACGCUGCCUUUGCUGGUCAGGGUGUUGUGUUUGAGACGUUCCAUCUCUCUGAUCUACGAGACUACUCAACGCACGGCACUAUUCAUGUUGUAGUUAACAAUCAGAUUGGAUUUACCACCGAUCCUCGUUAUGCGCGGUCUUCACCUUACUGUACGGAUGUAGCCCGCGUGGUCAACGCACCAAUAUUCCAUGUGAAUGCGGAUGAUCCUGAGGCUGUGAUGUACGUAUGCCAGGUAGCAUCUCAGUGGAGAUGCACCUUUGGCAAGGAUGUCGUUAUUGACUUAGUUUGCUACCGACGAAAUGGCCACAAUGAAAUGGACGAGCCAAUGUUCACACAGCCCCUCAUGUACAAGAAGAUUCGUAACCACGCACCGGCUCUAACCAAGUAUGCUGGAGACAAGAUCAAAGAAGGUGUCAUGACUCAGGAAGAAUUUGAGGAGGAGCUGGCUGGAUAUGAUAAGAUAUGUGAGGAUGCAUAUCAAAAUGCUAAGACCAUCCAAAAUGUGAAGAACUCAGACUGGCUUGAUUCACCAUGGACAGGAUUUUUCAACCAUGAUGUUCCUCUCCGGUACCCAUCGACUGGAAUCAGUGAAGACAUCUUGAAAGACAUCGGCACUAAGUUUAGCAGCGUUCCAGAAGAUUACAGUCUACAUGGAGGAUUGAAGCGUGUUCUUCGGAGUCGCUUAGACAUGGUGAAGAACAGGCAGAUCGACUGGGCGCUAGGUGAGGCUCUAGCGUUUGGCAGCCUCUUGAAGGAAGGUAUCCAUGUUCGACUCAGUGGACAAGAUGUAGAAAGGGGUACCUUCAGUCACCGUCAUCACAUGUUGCAUGACCAGAAUGUGGAUAAGAAAUUCUUCAUGCCUCUGAACAAUCUUUACCCUGAUCAAGCUCACUACACUGUGUGCAACAGUUCACUCUCAGAGUUUGGUGUAUUGGGAUUUGAGCUUGGCUUCUCCAUGACGAACCCACAGUCUUUGGUCAUCUGGGAGGCACAGUUUGGUGACUUUCACAACACGGCACAGUGCAUCAUUGAUCAAUUCAUCUCUAGUGGUCAGGCAAAGUGGUGUCGUCAGAGUGGUAUAACUAUGCUGCUUCCACACGGUUAUGAAGGCAUGGGACCGGAGCAUUCUAGUGCACGUAUUGAGCGCUUCCUACAGAUGAGUAAUGAUGACCCAGACAUCAUACCAACCCUCAACGAGGAUUUUGUUAUCAACCAGUUGUACGACGCCAACUGGCUGAUUGCUAACUGCACAACGCCUGCCAACAUAUUCCACAUACUGCGUAGACAGAUUAUUCUGCCAUUCAGGAAACCUCUGAUCAUUUUCACACCAAAGAGUCUGUUGCGACACCCUGAUGCAAGAUCCUCCUUUGAUGAAAUGGUUGAAGGAACCAUGUUCAAGCGUGUGAUCCAAGAGGAUGGCAUUGCGUCUCAGAGUCCAGACAAAGUACAGAAGUUGGUACUCUGCUCUGGGAAGGUUUACUACGAUCUGAUUAAGGAGAGGGAGAAACUUGGACUGGAAGAGAAUAUCGCUGUCACUCGUCUGGAACAGAUUUCUCCGUUCCCGUAUGAUUUGAUUAUUGAGGAGAUGAAGAAGUACCCCAAUGCAAAGAUCCAGUGGGCCCAGGAAGAGCAUAAGAACAUGGGGGCCUGGAACUACGUACAGGCACGCAUCCAUACUGCUGCUAACUGGAAACGACGCUGCACAUACGCUGGUCGACCUGCCUCUGCUGCCACGGCAACUGGCAAUAAGUUCACUCACCUGACUGAGCUGGAUAACUUACUAAGGGAGGCUUGUAACUUGGACUAAACCAGUCAGAACCGGUUACGUUAGGGGUCAGAUUUAAACUGGAUUGAACCAGUGUGAACAGGAUGAAAUGACUUCAUCCUAUUGUGCUGUUACGCUUGAUUUAAACUUGUUUGGGCUGGAUUGAACCAGUGUUAACAGGAUGAAAUGACUUCAUCCUAUUGUGCUGUUACGCUUGAUUUAAACUUGUUUGGACUGGAUUGAACUACAAUGUAUCUUAAACAGAAUCUGUACAUUGGUAUUAAACAAGAGUGUUCUUUUAGACCUGAUCCUGCUGGAGUAAACUAGUAUGAACUAGAUUGAACUAGAUUGAACUAGUUUGAACUAGUUUGAACCUAGCCUGAACUGUUUUCUGUUAUUUAAGGUAUUGCAACUUUAUUUAGUAUACAUGUAACCUGCCUGGGCUGAUGAUUUGUGGCUGUUUUAAGACAUCAAAACCUGAAUGACACAUGAGCUGUUCUACAAAGUUUUCAGUAUUCUCAUAAAAGUAUUAAUUUUACUUAAAUUAAAAAACAAUCUUGUGGGAGGAUUCUAUUCAAAUAAAUUUAGCAGAAGUUUUAAACCGUAAAAUGGACACUUAAAUGAGAAGAAUACGUGUUGUCUUCGUCGGCAGCUAGAAAGUGCCCAGUAUUUUGAAUGAUAUUUCUGCAACUUUAUUGUGAAGGUUUUCAAAUAACGUGAAAGAACUAUUUUAAACAGUUUUUGAAAUAGAUUGGGGAAAGUUUUGAUGUAGACUUUAGAUUAUCUUCCCCAUUAUCACUAUUCUGAAAAUGAUAAAUUUAGCUUUUACAUAAAUAAUGAAUACAAACAAACAAAUUUAUUAUAUAGGCAUGUAUUGCAUCAGAUAAGUUUUAAAAUAACACAUAAAAAAAGGCAAUUUAUGAGUUAAUCUAAUAAACUUCCUUGAGCAGUGGCAUGCAUGGUCGCUACUGAAUGCUCAAUUGUAACUAUUUAAUGCUGAAUGGUAACUAUUGAGUGUUCAGUUUAUAUUCCGCAGAAUGAAUUCAGUGUUGCUAUAUCCUAAGCUGGACCCAAAGUAGAAGCUAAAGAUUUGAAAAGGGCCAUUUAACAACCCUGGAUUUAAUCUAAGGACUUUAAAUCAAUCAUUACUUUGUGACCAGGAAGACAUUGCAUGAGAUAUUGCGUUAGUGAGGAUUUUGGGUAAUUCAACUUUCUUUAAAUUCUAUUUAUACUUUUUGUUGAUAAAUUUGAAGUUUACUUUUGUUUGUCAUGAAAUGUUUGAGUGUGCCUUUUGAUUGGUUAUAUGUUGCCUGAUGUUCUGUUGUGUUAAACCUUUCCAUUCAUCAUUUAUCCCAAAUGACCCGGAAAGUGCCUUCUUUGUUAUAGAAAUUACUUGUUAUGUCGACUUGAGUAAAAUAGUAAACACUAGAAUAAGCACGAAUCAAUCAGUUGACUGUUUGUUACUGGCUCUUGCUAAGUGCCAUGUAGGCUCGUAGCUGGGUCAUGCAGUGUGCGUGAGCUGAGUCUGAGCCAAAUCAACAACCUGGGCUACAGCUAUUGCUAAUAGGUCAUAGCGCACCAAAACGGUGUAUAAUUCAGCUAGGGUAAUCUCAACAGUUGUUGGGACAGUAACUCAAUAAAUCACAGUAAAUGAUUUGACAGUUUGUUCUUUAGACUGGCUGCCAUGACUUGUUUUUAAAUGUGUGAUUAUUGAAAGGAUAAAGCUCAUAAUAAACGUAUAGAGUGGAGUAUAUAUUGUCAUGAUGUUGCAUGCAUGACAAUGUCAUGUUAUGGUUAAGCAUUUCCAAUUCCUCUAGAGAAUUGUCGGACUUUCGUCUCCUUGUUAAUACUGUCCCUUACCAAUCAUGGAUCAAAAUGUCAUGCGUAGCCACAAUUAUUUCUAUAGACGUGUUCCCGCAGUGGGUUUCGUUUUCGUUUGUUUUGGGAUUUUUGUUUGUUUUCUGGCAGAAUGUUACAAAAUGGAUUGUAGCUAUGGUUUUUAUUGUAACUUUGCUCUGCUUGUGAUUUUGAAUUCCCAUGACAACAGUUCUUUGCUGACGAAGCCAUACCAUGGGAAAAAAUGCAUGGGUUUGGUUUGAACGACUUAUAUAAAAAGUAACAUGUAGCGUGUUUGGCACAUUACUGUUUAAAAAGUAAUGCAUACUUGGACGAUUGGUGUUUAAACCAAUUACUUUUAGCUUCCAUAACGGUACAUCAUGUAAAAAAAAACAUGGCUCUUAAGAAAUGCAGCCAACAAGCUGUUAUAACAUUAGAAUGUCUUCAACAUUGUUGCUGUCAAACAUACUAUUGAGGAAAUAAAGAAGGAACGAAUUAGUCAACAGUA